AUGACACUGAACGGGGUUGCGCAGGCGGAUGAUGGGCAUCGACCUUGGUACCCUGAGCAAUCGUCAGGUGACUAUGAUCAGGCGCAGCGAGGUAUUUCGACCCAACGCUACUCGCAUGAAUCAUACCGAUCAGAUACGAGCUUGGUCGGUCCGGGAGGCGAUGGAUCAGGUUCCAGACGGCGUAUCAAAGUACCCGAUCUGUCCACAGAUGCAGCAGGCGCCAGUCCAUUGUCCAAAUUAGGCAUACAAGGCGACGCACUGAUGAUGUUCGUGACGUGUUUCAGCGCCAUGGGAGUCCUUCUGAUGGGCUACGAUCAAGGCGUCAUGUCCGGCAUCAUAACUGGACCCUACUUCAAGACUUAUUUCAACCACCCAACCUCUUACGAAAUUGGAACGAUGGUGGCCAUUUUGGAAAUCGGUGCUUUCAUCACCUCUUUGGCUUGUGGAACUUUAGCGGACGUGCUGGGAAGGAAAAAGCUGAUCUUUUGGGGCGCGCUGAUCUUCUCUAUUGGGGGCGCAAUUCAGACAUUCACCGUCGGGUUCAAGAGCAUGGUGCUAGGAAGGAUCAUUGCUGGGUUCGGCGUAGGCGCGCUGACGUGAGUGCCGAAGUUGGCUUGCCCUUUCCAGCGAGGGCUCUGGAAAAGCACUUGACCAUUCAUCGCACAAGACCCGCAUUUAUGCUGACACUUGCAUGAGUGUAUGCUUUCCCCUACAGCAUGGUCGUGCCGACUUAUCAAUCCGAAGUGUCCCCAGCGGAGAACAGAGGCAAAUUGGUGCGCCAUCUAGCUUCAUGUGUAUGCUCAUCUCGGCACUGCUUGGCAUUUCUUGACUCAUGUCAAUCUUUGUUUUUUCGCAACGACACAGGCUUGCAUAGAAUUUACUUGCAACAUCAUAGGCUACUGUCUCUCCGUCUGGAUCGACUACUUUUGCUCCUUCUUGACUGGGGACAUUUCCUGGCGGGCACCACUCUUCUUUCAAGUCGCAGUCGGUCUCAUCCUAGCCUUUGGAUCAUUGACCCUGCCCGAAAGCCCUCGAUGGCUGUUGGAUCGGGACAGAGACGUGCAAGGAAUGAGAGUGCUGGCUGAUCUGCACGGCAAUGGCAAUCCCAAAGCUAGCAGAGCCAGACUAGAGUACCGAGAGAUCAAAGAGAAUGUGUGCGUAUCGGUGUACGCCGCUACGAACCGAAGCGUUUCUGAGUCACUUUGACACUGCUGAUGACCUGAAACACGCCGUGUGAUAGCCUGUUCCUGCGUGAGCAAGGGGAUCGCAGCUAUAAGGCAAUGUGGAGGCGGUAUAAGUGAGUCCUGGAACUUCGAAGGCUUACACUGUCGUUCAGCUGAUUUGCCUCACAACAAACCGCUGACUUGCACUCACUGUCUGGGGCAUUGCUCAGGCGCCGGACCCUUAUUGGCUGCUCGGCUCAGGCCUGCGCUCAGCUCAACGGCAUCAACGUAGUCUCAUACUACGCCCCUCUCGUAUUUGAAUCCGCAGGAUGGGUAGGCAGGGAUGCGAUCCUGAUGACAGGCAUCAACGGAAUCAUCUAUGUCUGCUGUACCAUUCCAACAUGGUUUUUGAUCGACCGGGUCGGCAGGCGUCCCAUUCUCAUGUUCGGAUCCAUCAUUUGCGGUCUGGCGCUUUGCGCCUGCGGCUACUUCCUAUGGCAGGAUGCGAACUACACGCCGACGGCAGUGGUUGCUUGCAUCAUCAUCUUCAAUGGCGUCUUCGGAUCUGGCUGGGGACCCAUCCCUUGGAUGCUCAGCUCCGAGAUCAUGCCUUUGGCCUUCAGAGCCAAAGCAGCCUCCUUGUCAACGGCGACUAAUUGGGCUUUCAACUACGUCGUAGGAGAAGCUACACCUAUUCUUCAAGAAACGAUCAAGUGGAAAUUGUAUCCCAUGCAUGGUUUCCUAUGUUUCGCUAGCUUUUUCCUUGUCUUCUUCACUUAUCCGGAGACGAUGGGCGUGCCUUUGGAAGAGAUGGACGCGCUCUUCAAUGACGAGCCGAGCGGCGUGCCUCAAGACGACGAUGAUGAUGCUGAGGACGAACCUGCUCGUACUUCCGUGGCAGGCGAAGAAGCUCGAAGAGGCUCUGGGCAUCUGCCAGAGAGACAAGUCCGCAGGAGUAUCAGCUCUCACAGACGCUUCACUAGUGGAGAUGAUGAAGAGUCUGUCGCAAGAGCUGCAGCUCAGCGUGUCCAAUCGAUGAGGACGACGAACAAGAAUGAAGAGAGCGCAAGAGGGACGAAUGGUGCGCCUUUACCAAAUUGGGUUCGAAAGAUUUGGAACUCGUCAACAGGUGAACAGCAGUACGCUCCGGUCAGGAGCGAAGAGGAUCAAUAGGUGCGUGAAGAGAUCGCAGAUCGCUGUGUUUCCACCCCUCAAGUAGACCCGCUGACCUGAACGCGACUCCUAUUGUCUCCGACAUCAGGAUGUCGGCGGCUUGCCUUCCCAGUCUUUGCGCAUGGAGUCCCUGCGCUAGCUUGA